GAGAUGAUGCAUUUUUCGUAGUCGUUAUUCACAUCUCAACAGCUAUCCUUGCUUGCUCUAAUCUUAUGACACUCUCCUUCAACCUCUCACAACAUAACAUUCGAGUUGAUUGAAUUGUUGCGACUAUGAGCUCGAGACAUCCAAACUAGAAUCAGAUUUUCAACAUUGUAGGUAAAUAUCAUUUGUCAUCAUCAUAUUAUUUCCCAUUUUAAAUCAAGAAAAGGGAUUCACAUACUUUUUUGGGGAAAUGUAUAGAUAAUACUAAAGAAAAGAAGCCUUGAUGAUGAGAUGAGACUGGUGGUAAUAUCAGAGAGGCAGUGGGCAGGGCAUCAAAAGGAACAACAUGCAUACCUCAACUCAUAUCCUUUGAUUGAAAAUUCAUAAAAAACAGUUCCUCAUAGAAAAAUUAUUUAUUACACCAAUCAAAUUAAAUUCUCUUUCAACUUUUAUUUAAGUAACUCUUUUCCUAUAUUUUUUUUUCUUUCCUCCAGUUGAUGAAUGAUAUAAAGGAAGGAGGCUCUAGCUAGGCUGUGACAGGACCAAAAGGGUGCAAUUCAAAGCAGCCUCUCUCAACUCAAAUCAAACCAUCCAUAAAUAGAGUUUGAUUCCCCUCUCUGCUCUUUCUGGAACCCUCCACCAUGUUCUGGCAUUAACAAGUAAAAUCCACACAGCACUUUGCUGGAACCAAUCUUCUGAUUUUUCACUUCUGCCAAUUUUGCAGCAGGUGGUAGAGCUAUGAGGCUAUGCUACUACUAGCCCCAACUAGCCAUCCAUGGAUGUCAGUCUUCUCUGAUAUCUUCUUCCAUCAAUUUCUGCAACUUCCCUCAGAUCUUCAUAUAUAUUUUGGGUUAAAGACACAUUUGGUCACUAAGAUUACUAAAUCGGGACAUGUUUAGUCACUAGAAAAACUUAAUAUCAAUUUUAGUCACUCAAAUUACUGAAACAGGUCACAUUUAGUCACUCUCCGUUAGUCUCCGUCCAACUCCGUUAAUGGAGUCCGUUAAGUGCUGAUGUGGCAAACAGAAUUGCCUAAUCAGCGCCGUUUUGGGCCGGAAAUGGUCAAACCGACCCGCCACGUCACUAAACCAGCCAUGUCAUACACCCAACCCACUAACCCUACCCACCAACCCAACUCUAGCCCACUUAACAAAACAAAAUUGAAAAAGCUCCAACUCAUUCUCCUCCACUUCACCGCCGUCUUCCCCAAUGAAACAACAUCAGCAGCAAUUGCAAGAUCAUCACGAUUAGAAGGCCCCUUCGAGGUCUCCCCCGACGACAUCGUGAAAUUCAAGGAGAAAGAUGGCAUCGACUACACCGUCCUCACCGUCUAGCUCCCCGGAGGCGGGAGGGUCCCUUUCCUCUUCACGGUGAAGCAACUCUUUGCUUUUGGAAAACCAGAGAGCUUCAGCUGCGAGUUUUUGGUUCCCAGGUACAGAGGGUCGUCGUUCUUGGACCCAAAAGGGCAGAGGCGGGUCCCAGGGUUAUGACAACGCGGUGGCGUUGUCCCCGGCGGGAGAGGGGAUGAGGAAGAGCUGGCGAAGGAGAAUGUCAAGAACGCGGCGGCGUCGAAGGGGAAGAUUACAUUGAGCGUGACCAAGAGCAAGUCGGAGACCGGGGAGGUGAUUGGGUAUUUUUUAGAACAUUCAGCCGUCGGACACCGAUUUGGGUGCCUCAAGGAUGUGAGGAUUCAGGGGGUUUGGUAUGCUCAGCUUGAUUAACUAGAGAGGAUAGGUUGAUGAUGAAAAACUUUUGUUUCAUUGGGGAAGCGGCGGUGAAGAAGAGGAGAACGAGUUGGAGCUAGGGUUUUCCAAUUUUGUUUUGUUAAAGUGGGCUACGGUUGGGCUACGAUUGGGUUAGUGGGUAGGGUUAAUGGGUUGGGUGUAUGACAUGGUGGGUUUAGUGACGUGGCGGGUCGGGUUUGACCAUUUCCGGCCCAAAACGGCGCUGAUUAGGCAAUUCUGUUUGCCACAUCAGCACUUAACGGACUCCAUUAACGGAGUUGGACGGAGACUAACGGAGAGUGACUAAAUGUGACUUGUUUCAGUAAUUCGAGUGACUAAAAUUGAUAUUAAGUUUUUCUUGUGACUAAACAUGUCCCGAUUUAGUAAUCUCAGUGAUCAAAUGUGUCUUUAACCCUAUAUAUUUUUCCACCUUUCCUUGAUUGCUUUGUACUUGUGUUCUUGCAACCAAGUGACACUUUGAAAAGUAUCUUUUACUCCCUCAAUUAUUAGUUUAAUACACAGUACUGAACUAA